AGACUAUCCUCGUUUAUCAUAUUCUCACUUUCAAAGAUUUGUGUGUAUAUCUAUAUAUAUCGGAGAGGGAGAGAGAGAGAGAGAGAGAGAGAGUCCAUUUUAUCACCUUUUCGACUUGUUUCCCCUCUGCCUUUCCUGCAACUUUUCUUGCGCACAACCCUUUGAUUGUAUGAAAUAGGUAGCACUUAAUAAGAUGAGCAUGUUAAAUGGAAAUUCCAUCAGAGUCUUCGUGAUCUUUUUCGCCCUUCUGCAACUAAGCACAGCGACAGCAGCUUCUUUUAAGAAGAAAAGAGUAUUCUCAUAUGAUGGAUUCGAUGAUAGUCAUCGGUCAGUACUCACCCUGUUAAACAGGGAGUCAUCCAACAUUCAUGGUGGAGCUCUUCAGCUAACUCCUGACACCACCAACGACGACAUGAUCGCAAUCCACUACAACAAGUCUGGCCGCAUUAUGUAUAACAAACCCUUCAGGCUUUGGUUGUCAGACGACACGUUGGCCUCCUUCAGCUCAGCCUUUGUUAUCAACAUCUUCAGGAAUAAAAACUGGACUGCUGGUCAUGGCCUUGCAUUUCUCAUAGCCCCCAAUAUUUCAAGUGUUCCGGCCAAUAGUUACGGCCAAUGGAUUGGUCUCACCAAUGCCUCCACCGAUGGUAGUGUCGACAACCAAAUUGUAGCUAUCGAAUUUGAUACCGUAAGGCAGCCAGAUUUCGACCCAGACGAUAACCAUAUCGCGCUUGACAUCAACUCAGUCAAAUCAGAGAAGUUUGCUUCUCUCGAUGAUGAUAAUAUAAUAUUAUCACCAGAAGUAGGCACCAAUUACAUGGUCUGGGUUGACUACAAUGGUACGUCCCAGCUGAUGGAGGUGUACAUGGUGGAAGAAGGGCAAGAUAAGCCCUCAAAACCCCUUCUCAGCGCCCCCAUUAACCUGAAGGAACACCUGAAACAAGAUUCCUACUUCGGUUUUGCUGGUUCAACGGGUGACCCACAGAUCCAGUUGAAUUGUGUCUUGAAAUGGAGCUUGGACAUAGAUAUUCUGCCCAGAGGAAAAGACCGGAAAUGGUUGAGGAUUGGUCUUGGGGUAGGUGUUCCAGUGGCGACAUUGCUCGUGGUCCUCCUAUGGGCAAUUAUUGUGGACCGGAGAAGAAGAAAAGGCUCGGAUGAGGCUGCUGAUCAGUUUGGCAAGUUGAAAUGGCUGCCUGGAAUGCCAAGAGAGUUCAAGUACAAGGAAUUGAAGAACGCCACCAACAAUUUUCACGAGAGUAUGAAGCUUGGCGAAGGUGGGUUUGGAAUAGUCUACAAAGGCGUCGUCCAUCUCCAUGACAAGGACCAUGUCAACAGUAACAAUCACAACGCCAACCAAGUGGCUGUCAAGAAAUUCUCAAGAGACAGCAUCAAAAGCAAGGAUGAUUUCCUGGCUGAGCUCGCCAUCAUUCAUCGUCUUCGCCAUAAAAAUCUCGUCCGCUUAGUAGGUUGGUGCUACGAGAAAGGGAAGCUUCUACUGGUGUAUGACUUCAUGCCAAACGGCAGCUUGGACGGCCACCUCUAUGGCGCUUCCAACCAUGGCACUCUGAAUUGGAGCCAUCGAUACAAGAUACUAACCGGCAUAGCAUCAGCUUUGCAUUACCUCCACAACGAGUAUGAUCAAAAGGUGGUGCAUCGUGACCUCAAGGCUAGCAACAUCUUGCUUGAUGUAGACUACAAUGCUCGGCUAGGUGACUUCGGCCUUGCCCGAGCACUGGAAAAUGAAAGGCAUUCCUAUGCUGAGCUAGCAUUAUCUGGAGUCCCUGGUACAAUGGGUUAUGUUGCUCCAGAGUGCUUUCAUACAGGGAGUGCCACCCCUGAAUCUGAUGUUUUUGGCUUUGGGGCAGUGGUGCUUGAGGUUGUUUGUGGCAGAAGGCCUGGAAUCAAGAUCCAACACCAGCAAGAUCUUUAUACUUUAGUUGAUUGGGUUUGGAUGUUACAUCGUGAAAGGCGAAUUGUAGAAGCUGUGGAUGAACGCCUCAACAACGAAUUCGUGGUUGAUGAAGCGAAGAGGUUGUUACUACUGGGGUUGGCAUGUUCACAUCCUAUUGCCAGUGAAAGGCCUCAAACUCAGGACAUCUUCCAAAUUAUGAAUGGAACUUUGCCGGUCCCUCAUGUACCUCCAUUCAAGCCUGUCUUUCAAUGGCCUGCUGGUAUUCUUACACCUCUUAGCUCCAUUGACAAUUCGCUUUCCAGCUCGGCAUUUUCUUUACAAGAUGUUGUUGGACGGCGGAGUGUAAAAACAACAUCGCAGAGGAAUUCAACACAUCCCCAGGCUUAACUUCUGCAGCUUCAAGAAUGUGUAGGCCACUAUGAUCGGCUAAAAGUACUGACUUUGGUGAGCCCUGGAAAAUUGAAGGCAACUCCAUGCAGAGCUUCGAUUACUUGGAGUCCCUGAUACAAUGGGUUAUGUUGCCCCAAGUGCUCUCACACAGUCCCCUGAAUCUGAUGUUUUUGGCUUCAGGGCAGUGGUGCUCAAGGCUUUACGUUGCAGAGGUAACAGCAUCAAGGUCCCGCACUGCAACAUUUUUAUAGUGGGUUGAUUUUGAAAUACUAAUUAAUUUUUUAUACAAGAUGAGGGUGCUAUGACUUGAACCAAAAGUUAAAUUUGGAUUAAGAUUUCUAACAUUUAUUCUAGUAUAAAUGUCCUUGAUCACACUGUGAAUAGCUCAAACACAGAUGAAGUUCAAAAUGGAAGCUAGCAGAUAUUCUUGUCUUAGAUGUUCUGAAUUAGUUGUUCACAUUUACAACCUCUUAAGAAAUGAUUACUGCAUUUGAGGUUCUAAA